CACUGCCAACGGAGCCAGCUGUGCAGCCGACGGCUGCAUCUUCAUCAACGUCCGUGUCAUCGUCUGAUGUCGAGAAAGAAAACCCACCUGCCACUGAACCACUACCAAGGAGUGCCACUGAACCUUUACCAAGGACUGCUACUGUCAAGAAAGACGACCCGUUCAAGGACCCCAACGUUUAAACUGAUGUCCAGCCGUACCAGCUCGUGGUAUGGGGGUGUGCGUUUUAUACGAUCUGUGACAGCGCUAACGUCUGUUUCAUGCAGGCAUUCAUCAUGUGGAAGCGAUUUCAGGGUAGCGGGCGCGAGAAAGAGAAGGCCACGCAGAUAGGCCACCCCGUGCUUCUUGAAACGACCUACGACGAAGACCAGCUUAUGCGCAAUCCUAAUGUCGCCGAUCUAAAUUAUCGACUCAAUGCACCCUUCACGCAGCACCAGCCCCACCAUAAUCAUUCCUCUUCAAAGGAUUCACGGGUCUCCAACAUCCCCACCGUCUCUUCAGUAUACUCUCGACCCUCAAACGACCUAUCCUACUAUUACGAUAACCCCGCGCCCCCUUCACCCUCUACUUACGAAGACAUCUCACCGCCAAGCUCACCGGAGCCCGAGUAUCAGCAAGCUUCCGACCUUCCGCGAAGGUACCGCUCGAUGCGCGACGUGUCACCAAUGGACGAGAACCGCGGUGCGACACAUGCUGACAGCCACGCACCUGUGAUGCGUAAAGCACCAAUCGCACUGCAGACUGGCGAAGCCAAGGCUUUUGGGCAGAAGUUCUGGGGAGGGAAGGUUGCACCCAACAGCAAGGUGAGAUGGGACGAGUACUCUGGCGAGCCCACGUCGAGCAAUGCUGGCAGAGCCGGCUCAGUAAACCCUCUCGCGUACGCGAAAGACAGUCUCCGACCAAUGGGCUACCAAGUGUCGGUAUCAGGACCGGACAGCAAGAAAAAGAACACCAGUUUCACAGAUCGCGUCCCACGAUUUGGUGCGAAGCCGCCGUCAGUUGAACCUACGCAAGCUUCCGAGCCCUGGAGUCGCGCCACGGGCCGUGCAGAAAUCGCGGGACCUCUGAAGGACGAACCCAGACAUCCGCUGCCGUUAUUUGCAAGGAAGCCGUCUACUCGGAGGGUUGAAGGGCUCGGCUUAGACAUGUCAAACGUAGUUGCGACAACCACUAGCCGCGGUGCAGCGGCAGCUGACACUCGCCCUGUCGCAAACGUCCCGAGCAGGUCGGACUCUCACAACGAACCCGUCAGGCCUGUUGUUCCUCUCAAGAUUGGCAGGAAGUCACUCACGCCUAGUUUGCCGUCGUCUACGAUUCCGAAUCACGGCCUCGGAAUCUCAAAUCCGUACUCUUACCCGAGCCCCAUCACUCCAGCGAAUGAGGACCCGUCGCCGACGACCUUUGCACUCUCUGACACCCAGAGUGAAGUUUCCGAUACGGAGUCAUGGGAGCGCAGCAUAACGCCGAAGCAGAGCAUGAUCUGGAACAAAGCGGCUGAGCAAACACCAGAGCAGGAAAAGGGUGUUCCUGAUAGCCGUUUCUCCUGGACAACUUACAACACCACAACUACAUACCAACAUUCUCCUCCACCGUCUCCACCACAGCCGAUGCCAGAUCUGGAUAACAUCGUGAAAGCGAGAGUUGCAACUGAAUCGUCCAUUCUGAAUCGUCGUCGCCCCAUUCCUCAGGCAGACAAGAUCCCAGACACACCGCCUGUGCGCAGACCGGUCCCUGCCGCCAAGUCUCCGGUCGGCAAUAAGACUCGCACAGCAGCUCUCGCUAUUUCGACCUCGCCGCGUCCUGGCUCUACAUUUUCCACGUCGACUACAGGCACCGGAAAGGCGUUGCCACAACCGCCCACCACUCAAGCUGCAACCGACCACGUGUCUCUUCUUGAGUCCCAGCUCGAGGAUCUACGCGUUCGUCGCUCGAAUGUACACAAAGUCCUCUCAGAUAUCAACUCUGCUGCACCCUCCAACCCCAUGUUGACCGACUUCAAGACCGCACGAAUCAUGGAGCAGAAGAAGAAGGCGCUCGAGGCCGAACUGGCGGAAAUCAAGAUCGAGGAGCACGAUGUUGGCUUGAAGCUGCACCGCUGUUUGCGCAAGAGGGAGAGGGAUGACCCGAACUUUGGUUCGGCGUUGUGGAUCAGGCGGGUCACAGGAUGAUCAGUCACCGUUAUUGAAGGUACGCCAAGGCGCAGGCUUUCCGGUGGUUGGUCUUUUAUAUGCAUAGCGUUGGUGUUGUGCGUGUGUGGCAGAUUUUGUGUUUUCCUUAC